UGAGCUGUCUGGUCUAAAGAAGCUUACUCUGCCCUGUCCUACGUCAUCACUUCCUGCAAGAACUUCAAAGUAUGCAUCAAAUCCACUGCUGCACUUUCUGUUCCAUUGACGCGUGAUCGGUACGGUGAUGUUCACCAGUUCGCCGAAGUGUGGCGAGCUUAGGCUCAGGCUCUUGAACACAGCGAAGAAAUGGAGGACUUCCUUGAAUAUCGUUACUGUGCUAGCUUACGCUCACAGCUCUGCCGUGCUCUCCUGCACCUUCUGUCCGUAUGCCAGCCUGAUGACCUUCCAGCGCUGAGGUCAUCACUGAGCGAUCAAUCCAGGCCAGUGCUACAGGGCUUCCUGGUUCACUACCGUGUGAUUUUGGCUGCUGGGGUUGAUGGUGCUGCAGUGGAUGAGGCUGGGGAUCAUGCGGUGCCUGAAGAUGGUUUGAUGGUGCUCAACAAGACCCUGACCAGGCUGAAGGGACAGCUGGAAGAGGCCGUGUUGGACAGCAGUGAGGGUCUGAAGACUGUGGUGAAUUUCCUCGAGGAUGUAGUGAGGAACUUUGAGGAGAUGAAAGAAUCGGACAGCAAAGAUUCCUCCCUUGCACUCAGCAAAUCACCACAGCGAAAGUGACAAUACAGAUGUGCCACGACUGUCUGGGGUUGAACCUAUCUUUUAGAUUUUAUUAAAAAUGUAUGUAUUAAAGUAUAUCAAAGAAAUUCCUGUAAAGUCUCGAGUUCCACUUUUAAAGAAAUAGUUCACCCAAAAAUGAAAAUUCACUGUGCU